AUGAAAAAGUAGCGCGAAAAGUGUCGCGAUACCCCUGGAGCGUUGCCCGAAUUGUCGAGGUGACGCACCAAUCGUUUUACAACAGCUUGACCUUCAAGUGCACAGCAACCUCCAUCAGUAGACGAUACCCUUGAAGCAUUACCUUUUAUAUUGUGUUGGGGACGAAUGAAGUUGACUGAUUCUACCAUCCGAACUUUUAAACCUGUGAAAUAUUUUAAAGAAAAUUCAGACCGUAUCAACUCCCUCAGUUAUUCGAGUAAUGGUGAGACGCUUAUUUCUAGCAGUGAUGAUGAUCAGAUGGUGACUUACGAUUGUUCUAGCGGAACACCUAAACGUACACUGAACAGCAAGAAAUAUGGAGUAAACUUGAUACAAUUCACUCACAGUCCGACGACUGCAAUUCACGCUUCUACAAAGAUUGAUGAUACAAUACGUUAUCUUUCUUUGCAUGACAACAAGUACAUCAGGUACUUCCAGAGUCACACUAAAAGGGUCGUUUCUUUGUGUAUGUCACCUAUUGAUGACACCUUCCUGUCUGGUUCAAUGGACAGUACUAUUCGCUUGUGGGAUUUGAGGUCACCCAACUGCCAUGGUGUAAUGCAUGUUUCUGGUCGACCGACAGCCGCUUUUGAUCCAGAAGGAUUGAUAUUUGCAGCGGGAAUUAAUUCCGAAUCUGUUAAACUCUACGACCUACGAUCAUUCGAUAAGGGACCAUUUGCUACGUUCAAAUUGGGCAUGGAAACAAGUGGAUGCAUUUGGACCGGUUUACAAUUUUCCUCUGAUGGAAAGGCUCUCUUAAUAACGACCAACGGAACUCAUAUUCGUCUGGUUGACGCAUUUAAGGGAUCCCAUCUGCAUACAUUAACCGUUAUACCAAAUACUGACAGACAAACGUUACAUGCCAGUUUCACACCAGAUAGUCAGUUUGUUUUAAUUGGUUCGCCAGACGGAGUUGUACAUAUUUGGUCUGUGGAAACUGGAGUACGUGUGGCAAGCCUACCAGGUUAUGAAGCUGCUAGCCAGUUACCAAACGCAGCUAUUCAUAGUCUCGCUUUUAAUCCCCGGUUCGCAAUGCUAGCUACAGGAUCUAACCAAACAUCGUUCUGGCUUCCGGCUCUUGAAGAGUAAAAAUGAGUUAUCUGUUAUGUCAUAACUUUCUUAUUCUUCACUUUUGUAAAUAUGUUACUCUUAACUAGCAAACUUUAAAUUGCUAACCAUUCUUACUUUUUUUGAGAAAAUGCAUUUCCAAUUUAUGUGAUAUUAGUGUUGCGUGAUGCUAAGCCAUCAAAUAAUAUGAAACAAAAUUAUAUAAAAAAAAAAUGCAACCAGCUCACGGUAUGCCGGGAGAAUUUCGCACUGGUGACUAAUGAAAGCAAAUAAAAUAAAUCAAGUUAGUAAUGUUAUUGGACAUAUAUGAUAAAUAAACUUGCGGGAGGAAAAUAAUUAAUUCGUAGUUGUAAUCUUAAACGUUG